CGCGAAGAGGGGACUCGCAUAUAUAGAGAAGAUGCGCAGACGAACUAUCAACAGUGCUUUGCCGCGCAUUCGCGGUACUUUUACGUUUUCGAACGAAAUCAUAUAAACUCGGUAAAAAGUUCCGUGAAUAGAGCAACGAAUUAGUGUGUUUCGGAUUCUUUAAGCUUUUGAAGUGAGCCGCCACCAAGAUGGUAUCCCUCCGAGUAAUGCUGCUGGGAGUCAUGAUGGCGGUAACGUUGGCGGCAGGCACACCGCGCAAGCACGACAAGCGAGAAGCUCCGCUAAGCUCUUCUUAUGGGCCACCCUCCAGUGGUGGUGGUGGAGGCGGCGGCGGUGGCAGCUACAGACCUUCUUCGAACUAUGGUGCGCCUCGACCUCGACCACCGUCAAGACCAUCGAGCAGCUACGGUGCACCGUCCAAAUCGUAUGGACCACCCUCAUCAAGCUAUGGUGUUCCUAGACCACCGUCAACUAGCUACGGUGUUCCAACUGGUCCCUCCAGUUCCUAUGGAGCACCUAAAGGUUCCGGCUCGUUUGGUGGAUCAAGCUCUUUCGGUGGCUCCGGAUCAUUCGGUGGUUCUAAGCCAUCCAGCUCAUACGGUGUUCCAUCCAGCUCUUAUGGUGCUCCAUCUUCAGGUGGCUCAUUUGGCUCAGGUUCCUUUAUCUCAGGAGGUGGUUCCUAUAGUUCAGGUGGUGGUAUUUCCUCUUCCUAUGGCGUACCAUCUGGAGGCUCACACGGAGGAUCAGGUGGUGGCAUAUCCUCUUCCUACGGUGUACCAUCUGGAAGCUCACACGGAGGUUCUGGAGGUGGCAUUUCUUCCUCUUAUGGUGUACCAUCUGGAGGCUCACACGGAGGAUCACACGGAGGUUCUGGUGGUGGCAUAUCCUCUUCCUACGGUGUACCAUCUGGUGGCUCUCAUGGAGGUUCAGGAAGUAGCAUUUCUUCCUCUUAUGGUGUACCGUCCGGAGGCUCACAUGGUGGAUCAGGCGGCGGCAUUUCUUCAUCUUACGGUGUACCAUCUGGUGGCUCCCACGGAGGUUCGGGAGGUGGAAUUUCUUCCUCAUAUGGAGUACCAUCCGGAGGCUCACAUGGUGGAUCAGGCGGCGGCAUUUCUUCGUCUUACGGUGUACCAUCUGGUGGCUCCCACGGGGGUUCGGGAGGUGGAAUUUCCUCCUCAUAUGGUGUACCGUCCGGAGGCUCACAUGGUGGAUCAGGCGGCGGCAUUUCUUCGUCUUACGGUGUACCAUCUGGUGGAUCCCACGGAGGAUCAAGUGGUGGCAUUUCUUCCUCUUAUGGUGCACCAGCACCCUCAGAUUCAUACGGAGCCCCUGUUCCUUUGUCAUCCUACGGCGCUCCAUCAAGCGGUCAAGGCUUUGGUCAUGGUGGCAGUUCUGGCUUUGGUAGUUCCGGAUUUGGCAGCAGUGGUUUUGAAAGCAGCGGAUUUGGCAGUAGUGGUCCAUCAACCAGUUAUGGAGCACCAUCUAGCUCAUAUGGGGCUCCUGGCGGAGGUGGCUAUAGCUCAGGAGGUUCUUCGGGAGGUCAUAGUUCUGGUGGCUAUUCCUCUGGCGGUCAUGGCUCUGGUAGUAGUUUUGGCGGAUCUGGUGGAUAUUCUGGAAGUUCUGGUGGAUACAGUUCUGGAGGCUAUUCUGGAAGCGGAUCAGGUGGCUACUCAUCUGGUGGCGGAUCGGGUGGAUAUUCAUCAGGUGGUGGAUCAGGUGGCUACUCAUCCGGCGGUUCAGGUGGUCACGGUUCAGGUGGCUACUCCUCAGGCGGUCACAGUUCAGGUGGCUAUUCUUCAGGUGGUUCAGGUGGCUACUCCUCAGGAGGUCACAGCUCCAGUGGCUAUUCCAGCGGAGUACCAGCCACUAUCAGCCAAGGCUACGAUUCAAGCGGCGGCUAUGUGUAUUAAGCAUUCGUCAACUCUGUUCAGCUGUGGAUAGCGAUCGAUAAUAUUAGUCAACUGUCAGUCACCGAUCCACGAUGGCAUCGCGGAAGCAUGAUCAGUAUUAAGCAGUUACCAGGUUAAAAAAAUUAGGUGUGAAUUCUAAAGCUAAAACAAUUGUUUGUGAGAAUUUUUAAUAUAUUAUCCACGCCGUUUGGUAAAAGCCUCGUCUGCAUCAAGCUGAGGUACAUUUUAUAUUCACUCCAUGACAAAUUCUAUUAUUUUGUCCAUCGCCGAUUGGAAAGUAUUUUUAAGUUGUAUUUAAUGUGUAACAAAGAAAUG